AUGACCAUAGACACACCAUCAUCUGACAACUUAUAUCAAUUGAUCGGAUUACCGCCUUGCUCUGCAGAAUUUAAUGCAUAUCUCUCAACAGAUCAAAAACCAUCUAUAACAAAGAUUUCAAAUUAUAUAUAUCACGCCUACAAACCUCUUGGUAUUUCAUUUUGCUUUAUACCAGCUAAUAAAGAUGACUUGGUCCUUGACGCCAUUGAUGUCUAUAAUGGUCAGACUCGUGAUGGGUUCACAACUUGUCAAUUGCAAUUGCCAUUAGGAUUAGAAAGUAAAAUGCAAGCUCAUGAAAUCGUGGCCAUGUUGGGUGAACCAGAUCGUAAAGGUGGAGGUGGUCAAACAAGAAUGCCUUGCUGGAUCGAAUACAAAUUCACUAAUGAUCAAAAGGAAUCCGGCAUACUGAUCCAGUUACAUGGUUUUGAAUGGGAAGAUCGUGAAAUGGGUUGGACAAGUUUCGUACUCUUCUAA